UCUCUGUCUCCCUCUCUGUCUCCCUCUCUGUCCCCCUCUCUGUCCCCCUCUCUGUCUCCCUCUCUGUCCCCCUCUCUGUCCCCCUCUCUGUCCCCCUCUCUGUCCCCCUCUCUGUCCCCCUCUCUGUCUCCCUCUCUGUCCCCCUCUCUGUCCCCCUCUCUGUCCCCCUCUCUGUCUCCCUCUCUGUCCCCCUCUCUGUCCCCCUCUCUGUCUCCCUCUCUGUCCCCCUCUCUGUCCCCCUCUCUGUCUCCCUCUCUGUCCCCCUCUCUGUCCCCCUCUCUGUCUCCCUCUCUGUCCCCCUCUCUGUCCCCCUCUCUGUCUCCCUCUCUGUCCCCCUCUCUGUCCCCCUCUCUGUCUCCCUCUCUGUCCCCCUCUCUGUCUCCCUCUCUGUCCCCCUCUCUGUCCCCCUCUCUGUCUCCCUCUCUGUCCCCCUCUCUGUCCCCCUCUCUGUCCCCCUCUCUGUCCCCCUCUCUGUCUCCCUCUCUGUCCCCCUCUCUGUCCCCCUCUCUGUCCCCCUCUCUGUCCCCCUCUCUGUCUCCCUCUCUGUCCCCCUCUCUGUCCCCCUCUCUGUCCCCCUCUCUGUCCCCCUCUCUGUCCCCCUCUCUGUCCCCCUCUGUCCCCUCUCUGUCCCCCUCUCUGUCCCCCUCUCUGUCUCCCUCUCUGUCCCCCUCUCUGUCCCCCUCUCUGUCUCCCUCUCUGUCCCCCUCUCUGUCCCCCUCUCUGUCCCCCUCUCUGUCCCCCUCUCUGUCCCCCUCUCUGUCCCCCUCUCUGUCCCCCUCUCUGUCCCCCUCUCUGUCCCCCUCUCUGUCUCCCUCUCUGUCCCCCUCUCUGUCCCCCUCUCUGUCCCCCUCUCUGUCCCCCUCUCUGUCUCCCUCUCUGUCCCCCUCUCUGUCCCCCUCUCUGUCCCCCUCUCUGUCCCCCUCUCUGUCUCCCUCUCUGUCCCCCUCUCUGUCCCCCUCUCUGUCUCCCUCUCUGUCCCCCUCUCUGUCCCCCUCUCUGUCCCCCUCUCUGUCCCCCUCUCUGUCUCCCUCUCUGUCCCCCUCUCUGUCCCCCUCUCUGUCUCCCUCUCUGUCCCCCUCUCUGUCCCCCUCUCUGUCCCCCUCUCUGUCCCCCUCUCUGUCUCCCUCUCUGAUGGCUCAGCCGGCAGCGUCGCCUGGUUCUCAUUUCCCCGAGCUGGCGCCGCUGCUGCGCGCGCCCGGGACACGAGCACGAGAUCGCACGGGAGCGCGCCAGGCGUGA